AUGUUCAGGAAUUUCAUACAAAAACAUGAUCUGUAUAUAUUCUCAGAGACUACUCAUGUUAUUCCCCUAACAUUAAAUGAAGAACAGAGGAAUAAUAGAAGAAUUUACAGUAUUAAACUCUCUGACUUUCCUACAAGAACAUCUGCAAGAGACUUGCAUGAUAUUAUUGCUGCACCCAAACAAUUACAAGGUUUGUCAUAUGCUUACAUGAGUUGUGAAACAGAUGAAGAUUUAUUUAACGCAACAGCCAAAGAUUACAACUUUAUAUUGGUGUGGAGAUCACCUGAUAACAUUAGAUUUAUACCUGUCCAACAUCGUAAAUUGCCUAAAUCAUAUGCUGAAGUGGCCAAAGAUAAAAAUAUCUCUCAACAUAUUAACAAUGGGGAUGAACAAAAUACCUUAAAAUGGCACUACAGCUGGAGGUUCAAUGCAUAA